GGCAUACUUUAAUUAGUUCUGUUUUGCAGAAAAUUUUGUGUUCAACAGCAAUUUUUAUAAAAUCAUAUUAUAUCUGAAACAAAGUUAUAUUGUCGGAAGCAAAAGUAAUCAACAAUGCCUUUACUAGAAACAGACAACGCCAAUGAACAGUUUUACACUGAACAAUCUAAGCCUAUGUCCGGGCCCAUCAUUGGCAUUAUAUAUCCGCCGCCGGAAGUUAGAAAUAUUGUUGACAAGACUGCUAGCUUUGUGGCGCGCAAUGGACCGGAAUUUGAGGCACGCAUCCGGCAAAACGAACUUGGCAAUCCGAAAUUCAACUUCUUGAACGGAGGAGAUCCAUACCAUGCAUAUUACCGGCACAAGGUUAAUGAAUUUCGGGAAGGCAACGAUAACACCAGUUCGGCAGUAAGCGGCAUUAAGCAGUUGGCUGUAACUAGUGCAGCGCAGCAGCGUCAGCAGGAGCUAUUAAAGCAGGUGGUAGAACAGCAGUUUGUACCGAAGGAACCGCCAUCUGAGUUCGAAUUCAUAGCUGAUCCUCCCUCAAUUUCAGCAUUAGACUUAGACAUCGUUAAGUUAACCGCUCAGUUUGUGGCCCGCAAUGGACGUCAGUUUCUUACGAAUCUAAUGAGCAGGGAACAACGGAAUUUUCAAUUUGAUUUCCUAAGACCUCAGCAUUCGCUUUUUCAAUAUUUUACCAAACUAUUGGAGCAGUACACCAAAGUACUUAUUCCCCCAAAAGAUCUACUAAGCAAAUUGCGUACAGAGAGUGCUCCCGGUCGGGCUAGUAUGGUUCAAGUGCUGGAACAGGUCAAAUAUCGUGCCAAUUGGCAACGGCAUCAGGAGGCACAGCGACGCCGCGAAGAGGAAAAAAUAGAACGUGAACGUGUCGCCUAUGCGCAAAUAGACUGGCAUGAUUUUGUCGUAGUAGAGACAGUAGACUAUCAGCCGUUUGAAAGUGGAAACUUUCCACCACCUACAAAUCCUGACGAAGUCGGUGCUCGUGUACUGAUGGAAGAACGCUUAAUGGAGGAAGAGGGCGACAUUGAAAUGCAAAUCGAGUCGGAUGAAGAGGAAGACUCGCCACUGGUUGGUCACAUGGACAGUGGAGUUAAGCUAUCGCAAAUGGAAAAUCGAGUGGGCAUUCAAAUGAAGAACGCUACUGCUUAUGGACAGCCCGUGAGCACAAAUCGUGACAAUACACAGGUUCAAGACAUGGACGAGGCAUCUAGUGAUGAGGAUACACCCACUGCAAAAAUGCAACCAGUUGCACCGAUGCUACCUCCUACACACGACAAGGUUGUAGUUAAGAAAUACGAUCCAAAGGCGGCGCAAACGAAACCAGUACAAGUGCCUACAGAUGAAUAUCUCAUAUCUCCGAUUACAGGCGAGAAAAUUCCAGCCUCCAAAGUGUCAGAACAUAUGCGCAUCGGCCUUCUAGAUCCACGCUGGGUCGAACAACGGGACAAACACACCGUAGAAAAGAUUAACCAAGACAAUGUAUUCGCAGCGGGAACAGCCAUCGAGGCCAGUUUGAAGCAAUUGGCGGAGCGACGUACAGAUAUUUUUGGCGUUGGUGACGAGGAAACUGUCAUUGGAAAGAAGCUUGGAGAAGAAGAAACCAAAAAGGAUGAUCGCGUUACCUGGGACGGCCACACGUCCAGUGUAGAGGCAGCAACGCGGGCAGCCCGUGCUAAUAUAACGCUCGAAGAUCAAAUACAUCAAAUUCACAAAGUCAAAGGUCUACUGCACGAUGAAGAAAAAGAAAAAAUUGGUCCCAAACCAGUUGGUAACAAGGCAACGCUUUCAGCUCCACCGCAGCCAUCUUCUAAGAGCCAGCAUAGCAACAGCCACCAACAUAACCAGGCCCAGCAUCAUCAAGGUGGUGGGAUGCCUCAUCACCAUGCUCAGCAUCAUCAUCACCAAUCGCAACAACAACCGCCGUCGCUCCAUCAACAUCAUCAGCAGCAGCAAUCGCAACAUAGUUUGUCUCAGUCCUCUAAUCCGGUAAUGAUGAUGCAGAGACCACCUAUGAUACCGACACCUUAUGGCGGUGGCUCUAGCGGCUAUAUGGGCAUGCCAUCUGGCAACAAUCCACAGCAGAUUUCACCAGCGCCUCCAGUUGAUAUGAUGCCUAUUGAGGAAGAGCCGCCUACUAAGAAGAUGCGUUCCGAAGAUAAUUUGAUACCCGAAGCAGACUUUAUAGCUCAACAUAAGAGUCCUGUGACUAUACAGGUGCAGGUGCCGAACACGGACAAAUCGGAAUGGAAGCUGAAUGGGCAGAUGAUUGCCAUUACACUUGCGUUAACUGAUCCGAUUGCGAAUCUUAAAUCUAAGUUACAGGACGAAACAGGCAUGCCCCCUGCAAAGCAAAAAAUAUUUUACGAGGGUAUGUUUUUUAAGGAUAGUAAUACCAUGGCAUUCUACAACUUGCUAAGCGGUACUACGGUGCAUCUUCAAGUCAAGGAACGCGGCGGCCGGAAAAAGUAACAUGCUCUUGCACUCAAUAA